AUGUAUACAGUCCCAAUGGAUGUGCUCUUACAGAUGAAGGAAGUUCGUACCUAUGAAGGUAUGCUUGAGUCGGGGUCGCUCGUGGAGUUUGAGGAGCAAAUGGGUCAAGCGAUGUUCGUGUCUCACCAGUGGCUCAGCAUUCAUCAUCCGGAUCCGGAUGCUGAGCAGCUGAGAACUUUACAGCGUGCGCUGAACAACAUCUUGUCCAAUGCGAGCCAGGUGCGGUUGCCGGCAGCAACCGAAAUUUAUUUAGGUCGUGUGCAAUGUCCCACUGUUCACACCUUCAAGGCUGGGCGGUUAUUCGCUUGGUACGACUAUUGCUGUUGCCCGCAGGGGGCUUCAGAUGAUGCAGCGCGUGACCGUCAGGAGGCCAUCGAUAGCAUUCCGGUCUACGUGGCGCGGUGUCGUUUUUUCGUCAUAUUGUGUCCUGCUUUGAGGCAUUCGGACCUAAAUUUUACACUGAGCCAACAGACCUGGAGUCAGAGAGGAUGGUGUCGAACAGAACGUGUAGCAGUCGAGUUGGCCGAGCGAGAGGAUGGUUGGAUCAUUGUCAUUGAGAGCGCGACGCACCAAAC